AUGUUGGACGUGGUCAUUGUCGGAGCUGGCAUCGCCGGCCUCUCGGCCGGCAUCUCGCUCCGCCGUGCGGGCCAUGUGGUGCGCAUCUAUGAGCGAUCUGCCAUGGACAACGAGGUCGGCGCCGCCAUCAACGUCUCUCCCAACGCGGCGAAAUUCCUUACUCGAUGGGGUCUCGACCCUAAGGCUUCCAAGUUCGUCAAGGCUGAGUCGGUCCAUUUCCAGGACCCUGUGACGAUGGAGAUCAUGUCAACGCUGUCACACGACGCCAACGAGGAGUUCUACGACGCCGAUCUGUGGUACGCUCACCGCGUGGAUCUGCACGAUGCCCUCAAGAGGAUAGCGACCCAACCUGCAGGGCCCGGCGUUCCCGUCACUAUCCAUCCGAACUCGCGGGUCGUGGGAUACAACCCUGAACUGCCGGCGGUGCACCUCCAAGAUGGCGAGGAGAUCCAGUGUGAUCUAGUCGUAGGCGCAGAUGGCAUUCAAUCCAUUGCUAGCGAAACAGUCCUCGGCCAGAAGAUGCCUCUCGUGGCACCUCUUCUUUACAACUGCUGCUUCCGAUUCCUGAUUCCUGCCGACGUUCUCGAGGAGGACUCCGAGACCAAGUUUUGGAAUGAGGACUCCAGUGGCCUCAUUCGCCUCUUCCCCGACAACGAAAAGAACAGAAGAAUAGGGUCAUACCCAUGCCGCAACAACACCAUCCACAAUUUUGUCGGCAUCCUUUACGAUGAGAAGAUGAAAGAUGCCAUAGGCGAAGAUUACCAGACCGACGUCGACAAGGCAGAAUUACUUGAAAGGUUCAACGGGUUCCACCCGAGUCUUCUGGCUAUAAUCAACAAAGCAACUGAGAUUAAGCGAUGGCCUCUGCUGUCUCGCGCUCCGUUAGCCACCUGGCGGAAAGAAGAGAUGGUUAUCAUUGGGGAUGCGGCGCAUCCAAUGCUACCUCACCAAGGGCAAGCCGGUUCCAUGAGUCUUGAAGACGGCCUGGCCCUGGGUGUUGUGUUUGCCGGUGUGUCUGACACUUCUGACGUCGAAAAGAGGCUAGAACUCUUCGAAAAGAUCCGCAGAAGCCGGGCCAGUGCGAUCCAAAUUCUCAGCAACGUCGGAACGGAUCAGACAAGCCUGGUUGAGAAGGAUCUUCUGGAAUUUGUUCCGGCGGAUGAGAUCCCGAAAAACCCCCAGGAAAACGUGGCCUUUACCUUUGGGUACAAUGUCGUCGACGAAGCUAUCAAGGUCAUGGAAGAAUUCGACCCAUCAUUCCAUGUUCCCUAUAACUUCUUUGAAGAUGAUUUCUUCGACAUCAAUCAUGUCAAUGGAGAGCUCUCCAAAAUGAGUGAACUUGGUUUCAUCAAAGUCGAGACCUGCAUCAGCAUCGACACUGAGUGA